AUGCGCCACCGGACCUGGGGCCGCGUGGAGGGGAGCCAGGAGGCGAGGGGAGGAGCCUGGAGACGCGGGAGAGAGGUGAGCUGGCGGUGUGGUGUGGUCGCUGGCGGCGACCUGGACGAGGCCGCGGCAGCUCCUGGACGCAGAGCAGAACACCCAAGUGGAGAACACGAAGAUAUAAUUUUUCUUGACACACCAAUGUACAACGAGAACAUAUAUUUAGUAACAUUCGCCUCCCUGCACCCUGAGCAGCUGUUCAGCUCCAGCAAACCCUCCUCCUUCCUGCCGGGGAAGGAGAAGCGUGCCGCACGAAGCUUCUGGAGUUGCCAGCAAGAGAGAGAGCCGGAGCCAGCCUUCCAGAGCCGCCUCUGCCUCUCCCCCCCACUAGGCAGCAGGGGGUCCAGCACCACCGUGGUCGGGAAGGAGAAGAUGAUGCUCAGAGGGAAGACCAACCAGAGAGUCCUGUCUAACCACAGCAGGAAGAGCAUUUGA